GAAAGUGCGGUAUUUCUGAGAUGGGAUGUGCUUGCUAAAGUGGUGGAGUCGCCGAAUCCUCCAUCAACAAGCGCAUGGGUGGAAGGCGUCCAGUCGUCGGUGCCAUGCGGAUACGAAAUCGAAAUUGCGAUUGGAUAUGGAGGAUUUGUUGACAGGCGCGUUAUCGCAGCUGGUCCCCGAUGUAAUGCACCCGAGUUCAUGGAUCGACUGGCAGAAUGUGACCGAGAUCCUACAGCGGAGAGGUGUCCACUGAGAAUGGUCAAGCAACGAAGAAAACGGAAAAGGACGCGCUUCAUAUGCGACUUGAUAUAUCCAAAUGCAGCGGAUUGGCAACGAUAUUCGCUCAGCUGCUGCUCGGACCAGUUUCAUACUGUACCAAUAAGCGACUGGGAAGAAUCCGUUUAUUCUGCAUUGGUACCCAUAUCACAUUAUCCAGUAUGCUGUAUUUGCUAUGUCAUUUUCUGA